AUGUCUCGUAAAGCCGGUUACCUUAAAAACGCUGGUAACCCAGAAGAAGAAGCUCAAGUAGCUCAAGGUAGUUACUCUUACGUCGCUCCAGACGGUCAAAGAGUUUCCGUUUCCUACGUCGCCGACGAAAACGGUUUCGUUCCACAGGGUGACCAUCUUCCCACACCUCCACCAAUUCCAGAAGCCAUUUUGAGAUCCCUCGAAUUCAUCCGAAGACAACCACAAAAACCAGAUGUUAGCGGAUUUGAAUCGGAACCGAAACCAUCAUAUGCAGAACCGAUUUACGAAGAAAAUUAA